GGUGCUGCUCAUGGUCUGUAACUCAUAUAUGAUAGGCGCAAUAAAUUCAUCAUCAGAGCCUAAGUGAGUACAAUCAGAAGCCUCAUUUGUCGUGCCAUUAAACAAAACGUAAAAUUUAGUUUGACACACCGACGAAAAUGUUACGUACAUUAACACAAGCACACCUACAAUUUUUACCUACCAAGAAGUAGGACCCACCAAAGUGACGUGGAGAAAAAGAGAGUGGACCAAAAAAUUCGGAGAAGCAGAGCAAGUGGUGACAGAGCGAGUCAGACGAAAUCACGUCCCCAUACACGAUUUCACUGGUUUACCCUUCUUCUUCGGAUCUUUAUAAGUACUCCUCUUCUUCUCUGUUUCCCUCGUUCCUCCUCCUCCUCCUCCUCCUCCUUUCUUAACACAACAAGAUCUCCUGUAUUCGUCUCUUUCAAGUUUAUUCUCCAAGAGAUGGAUACCUUCCUAUUUACCUCAGAAUCAGUCAAUGAGGGUCACCCAGACAAGCUCUGUGACCAAGUGUCUGAUGCUAUUCUUGAUGCUUGUUUAGAACAAGACCCCGAAAGCAAGGUUGCUUGUGAAACCUGUACCAAGACCAACAUGGUUAUGGUUUUCGGUGAGAUUACCACCAAGGCUAAGGUCGAUUAUGAGAAGAUCGUCCGUGAUACCUGCAGGGAAAUUGGAUUUGUUUCAGCUGAUGUUGGUCUUGAUGCUGACAAAUGUAAGGUUCUUGUUUAUAUUGAACAACAGAGCCCUGACAUUGCUCAAGGUGUUCAUGGUCAUCUUACCAAGAAGCCAGAGGAUAUUGGAGCUGGAGACCAAGGUCACAUGUUUGGUUAUGCUACUGAUGAAACUCCUGAGUUGAUGCCUUUGACUCAUGUCCUUGCUACCAAGCUUGGAGCUAAGCUUACUGAAGUGAGGAAGAACGGUACCUGCGCUUGGUUGAGGCCUGAUGGAAAGACCCAAGUCACCGUUGAAUACAGAAAUGACAACGGUGCUAUGAUCCCACUUAGGGUUCACACUGUUCUCAUCUCUACUCAACACGAUGAAACUGUAACCAAUGACCAGAUUGCAGCCGACCUUAAGAAGCAUGUGAUCGAGCCAGUCAUCCCUGCCCAAUACCUUGAUGACAACACCAUCUUUCACUUGAACCCAUCUGGUCGCUUUGUCAUCGGUGGACCUCACGGAGAUGCUGGACUAACUGGUAGGAAGAUCAUUAUUGACACCUACGGUGGUUGGGGUGCUCACGGUGGUGGUGCUUUCUCUGGAAAGGAUCCUACCAAGGUGGAUCGCAGUGGUGCUUACAUUGUAAGGCAGGCAGCCAAGAGUAUUGUUGCUUCUAAACUUGCCCGUCGUUGCAUUGUCCAAGUUUCUUACGCCAUCGGUGUUGCAGAGCCAUUGUCCGUGUUUGUUGACACUUACAAGACAGGUACUAUCCCAGACAAGGACAUAUUGAAGCUGAUCAAGGAGAACUUUGACUUCAGGCCCGGAAUGAUGUCAAUUAACCUUGACUUGAAGAGAGGAGGUAACUUCAGGUUCCAGAAAACUGCUGCUUACGGACACUUCGGCCGUGACGACCCUGACUUCACCUGGGAGACUGUCAAGAACCUCAAGCAAGCUUGAUUCUGAUUCUCGUUUAUAAGGAAAUUAUAUGGGGAAUAUAAGAAACAGCAUAUCUAUCUGUACUUUUUAAUUCAACAUAAUUGAGAAAAAAAAGCGAGGAAACCGUGCCCGAGGUGAAACUUCUCUGAGUUGGUAGUGGGUUUUAGGAGUUUGUAGCAUUAUUAUUAUUAUUAUUAUUAUUAUUGUGUUCUUGUUUUUCUCUUGAAGGGAAAAUGUCUUUUCUUCGAGUAGUCAGUGAUUGUUUCUUACUGCACCAAAUUGUUUGGAUGUUUCAAUUUGUUUGAUCAUAUAAUAUAAUCAAGUGAAAUUAAAUACAUGAACUG